CUUCCUUUUUUUUAUGUAAAUUUCUUAUUAAUACCUUUUAUUUUAUUUUAAAAACGUUCAAAAUAUUAUAUGUCUUUAUUCUAUGGUGAACAGGAUUCAUUAGAGUAUAGACAGUAUAGCAACCAAGAUUGUACAUUAAUAAAAGAUAAUUUUUAUCGUCCAACUACUACUUUCACCGUGUUACAAUUUUUAAAAAAUGAAAAGAUUCAUAAUAAGAAUCCUUUUCCGUCAUCACCACCUUCAUAUACUGCUGUUUUGGCAGAAAAAUAUCAACAAGCAUGGGAUAAAGAGCUGACAAAGGAAGCGAAUAAAUUAUUAAACUAUAUGAAAAAAUCUAUUCAAGAUAUACAAUUUAUGAUCGACAUAUACCAAUGUAGCUGUCAAAAGCUCAUAAUAAAACAUAAUUACCUUUUAACAAGACUUAAAAAAGAGAUAGAUUCAGUAUUUAAUAUGCAUAUAAUUGUAACUCUUUAUAUACACACACAUAUAUAUAUACAUUUUAUUUUUUAUUAUUACUAUUACUAUUAUUAUUAUUUUUUAAUUUGACUAUUCUUUAGUGAUUCAAUAUCAUUAGAACAGUUUCAGCAGCAGCUACAACAACAAGAAGAGGAUAAUAAUGACAGCUUAAUUCGUAUAAAUCAAUCUAUAGAGAAAUUAAUAGACGAAGCUAAGCAAAGCUUAUCCCUUUUUUAUGCAUAUUCACCAUCAAACCCUUCU